CAGCUGCCAACUUUAAUUGAAGAACAUCCAUGUGAAGGAUACGCCGCGUGCUCGUUCUCGUCCUCGUCCUUUUCCAGUGUUGUGUAGUGAAGUGCAGUUGCUAAUUGUGCACAAGAAAAAUAAAAGUGUUUAGUCGCAACUUUAAAUAUUUUAAUUUCAUUAUGUUGUACUCCUUCGCUGCCAGUUGCGCUUUGCUUGCGCUUUUAUUGCUGCACGUUUCGAAUGCGGCAAUACACAAAAGAAGCGGCGCUAAAGCAGUAAAUGCACUGGACACUGAAACCGAAGCAACGACAAAAAAUACUAAUCCCGCCCAAAGUGUGGAGAACACGGACCUGCUCGAUAAAUUAAGCUGGAAGUGCGCCAAUAAUGCCAGUUGCCUGCACAAUGUUGCCAAUGGCAUUUUGACUUCAUAUCGACGCGGCGAAACCAUCAAACUGGGACUGUUCGAUCUGGUGAAGUUGCCCGCUCUCGAUGACGCCCACAAGCACAAGUGGGGGUCGACAGCAGGCAGUGGACGUGGCCUGUCCAGCGUCAUGGACUUUGUCAGCGGAAAUGCGAUACGUGUGCCCGUGGGGCCCAUGGUUUUCAGUGUACAGCGUGCCGAGGAUGAUAGCGAUUAUAUUGAAGUGGCCCUUCUGAAGAAGGCGUCGAGUGGCACAGGCCGACUUCAGGGUAAUGGCGGCGGUGGCGGCGGUGGCGGAGGAGGAGGACUCUUGGGUGGCGGAGGCGCAGGUGGACUCUUGGGCGGUGGCGACAGCGGCGGUGGUGUUGGUGGCUUACUGGGCGGACGUCGACGUCAUCAGCAUAAUCAGGACAAGAAGCAGUUCCAAAUGUAUAUACCCAUGUAUCUGGCAGCCACAACCUUCGGAUGGACGAUGGUGGCCGCCAAGGCGGUUGGCUUACUCACUCUUAAGGCGCUCAUUCUGUCUAAAAUUGCCUUUGUUGUUGCAGCCAUUGUGCUGAUCAAGAAACUCAUGGACAAUGCCAGUGAAAAAAUGAUGUAUCAAUUUCCGGAGCACACACCCUACAUGAUGCCCUAUGGCCCCAUGGAUUAUCCAAUGCAUGCGGCCGAAGUCUCGCCCGAAAUGUAUCCAAGUGCACUACAUCAGUUGGCUGUGGCCGGUGGCGGCCAGAUGCCGCAUCCCGGCCAUCCCGGAUUGGAGAGCCUGGCUGCUGAGACUCACAUCCAAACUCAGGUCUCGACAGAUGGCAGCAACAACACAAAUCCACUGGCAGCACUAGGCGCCUUCGGCGGCCUGGGCCACAAGAUCAAACGUGAGGACUCUUGGAUAGCGAAAACCACGCCUGCAAGACGACCGCUCAUCUACAAUUAUGUGCAACCGCAGAUGCAGCUGCCCUUCUACCGCUCCUAGGAUGAAUGGAAUUGAUGCCUAGCCAAUUAGUGCAGCUUUGGCUCCUAACCGCUACCAAAGACCGUUCAGUGUAUGAUGGAGGAGGAGAGGUGAGGAGGUUCUGCUGCCAUAAAUGAACAUCCGGCAAACGAGGAGUGCUCUAAGCUGCUUAUUAGCUUAAUUAAAUUAUUUAUUUAUACUACUUUUAUUAUUUAUUGGAUUGUUCGUAGCUUAUCGAGAGACCUAACGCACACAUUUAGCUUAGUUGAAUAUCUGAAAUUAGCAAAAGCAA